UUGUAUAGCAGUCAUUAAAAAUAAUUAUUGAUUGAGUAAAUGUAAUUCCAUUCGGUUUAGGGGAUCCGUCUGCUAAAUCAGUUAUUAAUCUGUUUAAAUUGUCGUAAUACUUUCGGUCUUUUUAUCAAAAAUUUUUUGUUUACAGAGAUUCUACUCGGAAUAACGUUGAAGUAGCGAAAGAUGUAACUACCGGAGCAGCUGCAAAAAAAACUAAAGAUGAUGAAACAAUUAGAAGGACGACGAGAGUGGUGCUUUUUGAAAGCGAAACUCCUUCACUUUCCCUCUUAGUACCUGAGAUCAAAUACGAUGAAUAUGAAGUAGAUGAAGAUGUACGAAUUCCCGAAGCAAAGAAAUCCACGCGUGUCUCAUUAUUAAUACGCGAAUGGGUUACGAUACAGAUACAAGUGGUAGCACACUUCUCGCACGACGAUUUCAUUAAAGUGGGAGAUCAUUAUACUUCGUUCGAUUUAGACAAGGCCUACGAAAAUCAAGAAGAUGACGAAGAAAUCGCGUAAAGCCCUAGAAAGAGAACAAGCGGCGUCCGCGGCCGCGGCCGCCGAAGCCGAGGAAAUCAGGGCGCGGAUAAUCAAAGAUAUGCAUGAAGAGAUCCGACGGGAGAAGUACAAUGUAGAGAGACAAGUGUUGCUCGAAAAGAAAGAGACCGCGAUGCGUGAGGUUCAAUUGGAGAAGACUUGGCGUGCGUUUCAGGAUCAUGAAAGCGCGUUCAUGGAAUACGUAGCUGACUCUGAACAAGAGGAAAAUUGGAUCAGGUAUAUGACUUGCGACGGAUUGCCGGAUCCCGGUAGCUUAUCGGAGAUGAAUACUUUUGUGUUCUUGUGGUCUAUGGGGGACAAGGAAAUUAAUAUGAGCAACUUCACCAAGAAAUACGACACUAUUAUCUAUCUAAUAACGAAACUAGACGAGAUAGUGCGAUUCUCUUUGAUGAGAUUACCCGAUUAUCUAUCCGAGUGCAAAGUGAUCCGGCAACGAUUUCGGGACAAGCUGCAGGAAUGGAUGAAUAUGGCGUGCUACUCUCUGUUGCGGCAAAUAGAGAGGGACAUGGUCCGCGAAGACACGAAAACGGCCAGGUACAACAGCGUCUCGAAACACGUCAGUUGCUGCAUCUGGGCUCUGAUAAAAUGGCCGAUUAAGCUUAAGCAGCCCGCUGCCAAGGAUCGAAUACCAAUCGAGGUUCACUUCGAGGAAAUGGAACUGACCGUCAAAAUGCCCACAGACAUCGAUUGCUAUUGUAUGGCGAUACGGAUAUUGUGGGUGAAGUAUGAUCAUUACUCGGAUCGCGCGGCCUCGUUCAUGAUGCCUGAAUUAUCGGAUGAAUGUGAAAGCGGCUAUACUAUGAACUUUCUCACCUACUGUCAAAGUGAAUAUAACGCGAAGUUGAAAAUACGCGAGGAGCAGGCCGAAGGACGUCGCCUGCGGCUCGAGGAGAAGAAAGCCAUACUCGAGAGGAUGGAGCAUCCGCCGGAACCGGAACUUACGAAACUCGACAGGAAGGGGAAGCAGCAAAAGAAACUGGGUGUGCAAGCGAAACCAGAACCGAUACAGGAACCAGAACGUUUACCGUAUCUGCCUACACCCGACGAGAUUAUUCUGCAAAGAGAUGAGGAAACUAAGAAAGAGAUUAGAAAGCUGCUGUUCACACGAUGCGAGAAGACAGAGAUCAAUUUGCGCAAAUAUAGGAUACUUGGUGGAGUGAUACAUAUCGAUUUAAUUUAUCAACCGCCACAACCCAAAGACAUGGGGAGAGACGUUAUGCUUACCACUCUACAAAUUCCCAAAGAACUGAAAUUCGUGCCGUUUUCGAAGCCGUACAAGGCACCACCUCCGGCGCCCGACUCCGAAAGAACACCGGAGGUGAUCGAGGCGGAAAUGAAAGCUCUGGAGACCGCGAUGGAAGCCCUGGCGCUAGUAACUUUAAAACUUCCCAGUUCGAUCAUUUGGUUUGAGCCGCCCUUGGUGGCGCACUGGAUUCCUGAAAGAAAUAUAUGGUCCACGCAGGACGUGCACGACAUCAAAUACAACGAAGAGAAGCAGACCAUCACGUUUAGAACCGGUAGACUGGGCGUUCACGGGCUUGCUGCUUUCAAGUUCAUCAACAUUCCCUUCCAAAGUUGGGAACUCAAGCCUGAAAUGGGUAGAAACGCGCGCGGCGGCGUCGUGCUCAAUAUAUCCGCCGCUAUCGUUCAAGCGGAAUUUAUAGUACGGGAGGACUUGGUGUGCUUAAAUUCGCUGGCUGGUAGUAUGUCGACGGCGAUAAAGGAGAUUCUCGGGGAAUACAUGAAGCUAUACUUCCUGGUUGAGAAAAUGCGCGACGCCGGAUGCGAUCUGUUUCCGGAGCGGGACACCUGCAGUUACGUGAAGACUCUCCCGGUGAAGCAUCCGGUGAUGGAGAAGCACCUGCGAGGCUGCAUGGCUUUGCUUUGCAUGGCGUACACGUUCUCCUGGUCGCGGUGGAACGCCAGUCGAAAUUGCCGCGAAAUCAUCAUACAAUUCAAGGAGCUGCACGGAUGCCUCGCGAAAGAGCAAACGAAUGCGACUCUCUUGGUAACUCCCUCCCGAACAAUGGCGGUAGCUUGCACCGAAGUGAGCUCCGAGUUCUCUGACACGCCCUUGGAUGGUGACAAAUCGAAGUUCUACGCCGAUCUAUACAACCUGGCGUUACAAAACGCCGGUGUAAAGACACGACUUUUGAUCAAGAGCGUCUCCUUCAAGCUAGUCAGCACUGUCGUCGAACUCCUCGGUCGCACUAACGUGAUCAACAUGUCAUCUUGAGAAAUUAAGUAGAAAAGCACACCAGUCUUGACCAACCUUUCGUCGGGUCCUCUUAUCACGACGUUGUCGAUACGGAUUUACUUUACGAUCGACUAUCAACUAGCUCUAUGGUGAACUAAAUCGCGAAUUAUAUUGUCAAUGGAGAAAGGCAGUACCACCACUACCACUGGUUGCGUCACAAAAUGUAUUUUUCAUUGACAGCUUGUCCCUCUAAAACGCAAGAAACACCGCGAAAACAUCGUUGCGUAAUCAUAAUCGCGUUUAUUAUUAAUUCCUCAGUGAAUUAACAUGUUGUUGGAUCACUGGUCACUCAAUCGGCUUAACUCUGUACUCGGGCAAUCGCGGCCAAACAUAUAAUUAAGUAGUACAUGAUACAAUACCGUUUAUCAAAAUGGUAAUGUAAUGUAUAUACGCCGUAAGUCUUCGUUUAUAUAUUAUGAGAUACGGUCGUCAAAUUCUCUCCUUUUCUAUUUUCUUAUGUUUUUUUUCUUUUUUCUCUCUUCGCUAUAUCGUCACAUUGCGAACAAUUCAUUAUACGCAGCAAAAAUAUCGUCUUCUGGAUCCACGCUAUCGCGUCAAGCUUCGUUUCGCUUUUCUCUUCUGGAGCUACUAUCGUCUAUCUGGGAGAAUUGCGUGAGUAAAAUGUUAAAUAACGCCGCUGGGUGUGUCGAAGCAACGACACCACACAUUGUCCCUUUUCUCGCUCUACUAUACAGUCUGUAUGCGUAUAAAUCAGAUGCAAAAAUACUGAUGGUCGUAAUAAAAUUAUCUGUCGAAUAUAAAUACCGUUGCGUUGAUUCGUUCGUCUACUUGGCUUUCCCCUAGGAGUCUUAUUUUAAUCAAAAAUAUUUAAUCGCUCGUACGCGUGUAGAAACUGAUCACCAAGAAAAAUAAUCACUCUCGUCGAAACUUUCUUUCCGAUUCAGACAUCUAUUUUUCAUGUAAGAGAGAGAUACGCCUGACAAUCGGAUUAUCAUAAUAAAUAAUUGCGCAAUGAAAUCGCGCGUAAAGGAUGUCUGCUGAUCGAUUCUUAGAGUUAAAUCGUUGAAAGCGUUUGCCGUAUCUUUCUCUUUUCCCUCCUGUUCAUUCUUUUUUAGAACAGAUUUUCGGUUCUAAGAAUAAAAUAAUGAUUUCGAAUUCUUUAGGUAUACUUUGCGAACGUAAUUCUGAUUAUCCGUCUAUCGAGAUAAUCUUUUUAUUUCUCUCCGAUAUGAUAGAACUCUGUGAGAAACGCAACAUGACAGAAUCUCUCGUUAUGGCCUUCAAUGUUCACGAAAACAAUAUUCAAAGGUAACCAGCUUCGCAGCGUACAAUAAUAUGCAUACAUGCAACGCUAAUGUCUGAUCAACACGCACGCGCGCGCGCGUGUCCAAUAAAAAAAUAGCCGAAAUGUAUCCGACAGCCAUAAAGCGAAUUCGAUGAUCGCGCGAAUCCUGUGAGUCUAACAGAUCCUCCCGAGACUCUGCGUACUUUGUGUGCAAUACGGAACAUUCCUUACUUUCACGCACUGAACAACUUAUCAUUUUGCUGCACGUGAGGCACGUGAUCGCAGAAUUGUUCAAAGAUAUUCGCUCCACAUCACAAAAGAUUGACUCGCGUCACGAAAUGACAACUCCUCUUAUUCAUUUCAACGCGACAACGUCAAAUGAGAAACUAAUUGAUUGACACAGUCGUAGGGUACACCGUGAAGGUAUCGGUUUCAUUUGAUCUUUACAGAUAAGAAGAUGCACAGCGAAAAGUACGCCUAGAAAAUCUACGAUAAUUCGCAAACAACUCGUAGCUCAAGCGUCGUAGCUGUCGCUCGAAUACUUGUAUUUACAUCGUAUUCAUAUUGCGCACGCGAUACAUCUCGGGCCGACAUAUGCACUCUAUGUGUGCGUGACUAUCGCAAGAAAAGAAUAAUGACUAUUAGCUACGAGAAAUUAAUUGUGCCUAACUUGCGACUGCGCCAAAUGAAACGCUACUCCUCGGGCUGCUAAACCCGUCUGGAACAUGCACGUCACUAAAAGAGCAAUCAGGUCUCAGGAGGAUGUACACAAAACGCGACUCGGAUUUCAAGAAUAGAAUCUUUAUAUCUCCUUCCUCUUUUCUUCUUGUUUUCUCUCGUUUCUUCCUUCUCCCUUUGUCUCUUGUUAAACAGCGUUAACUCGCGCACGUCAAUUAUCUCGCGCGCUUCUGAAGCAACACAGACGGAUCGUAUAAGCUAUUAAAAUACAAUAUGUUCGAGUCUCCGUAUCGACUCCG